AUGGACGAGGUAGACGACAUCUUGAACCAAAAUCAAGUUGAAGAGGAAGAGGACGAUGAGGACGACCUAGAUGAGGAAAUUGCCGACGUCGCGGACCCCGCCAAUGGUAAUGAUGAGGAAGGCCAGGAUGAUGACGAGGAGCAGGAACACAAUAUGGACGAGGACGAGGACGAGGACGAUGAUGCGGAAGAGGAGGACAUGGAGGACGAGGACGAGGACAUGGAGGAUGAGGACGAGGACGAGGACGAGGACGAGGACGGCGACAACGCAGAUCUCAAUGGCAACUCGUACAGCAAGGUGGGGAGCAGCAAGACCACACCAGAGGUGGAAACCAGCCGAACAUCUGCGUACGACAAAAUCCACAUGUACUACUCGGAGCUGGCGCGCAACGCUGUGCUGGCGUCCGACUACUCCAUAACGCCAACCGCUGCGAUUCCAAUACAGACACACGUCCACUCCAUCACGAUGUCUAAGGGUCUGAAGUACCUUUUCCUGGGGGGUCAGGAUGGCUACAUUCGCAAGUUUGACUUCCUGAAUACGAUUGAAGGCAAAUUGUCGCUGACGAUCCUACAGAAGCAUUCGCUCGUGGAGUCCAUCUCUAAUGCGGGCAUUAUGCUAUCAUAUUGGGAGAAUGAGGUACCGCAGGCGCAGAAGGACAUGAAACUGACGAAGAACGGUAAGGAGUAUGAACCGAAGGUCUCACCUGUACACUCGCUUGAGGUUCAUUCUGAGUGCUUAUACAUAUUGGCGGGCCAGGAGGGCGGUGGUAUCACGCUGCAGGGCGUGCGUUACAUGGAAGGCCAGAUAGGCCAUUACUUCAAGAAACACACAAGUACGGUAAACCAGCUACUACUGAACGAUGAUGAGACACGAUUUGUUAGCGGCUCCUGGGAUAAGCAGAUCUUGGACUGGGACCUGCACACUGGACAUUGCAUCACAGAGUUCAAGGGAGUGCCUGCACAAAUUUCAACAUUAUCUUUCAGGCCUCGGUAUAGUACUGUUGAACUGUCUUCCCUAGUAAGCACUGACGAGGAAAGCAAGUUGAAAGCUGACAGUUCGAGGGCAGAUGACGAUAUGGAUUCUUUAUUCGGGGAGGAUGACGAGGAACAGCCCCCAAAAUCCCGGGAAAAAGCACUAUCUAGAGAUGCCUCCUUUGCUAAAGAAGCGGACAUAAAGACAAGCAUGUCCGAUGCACGGGAUGUCCUGAGUAAAUAUUCUCUGCGGACAAGGAUGGAUGAAAACGCGCUGCUGUCCUCGUGCAUAAGCGGUACAAUUCAACUUUGGGACAGGCGCGCAGGAUCAGGCCCUCAACUCACUCUACCCCGAGAUAAAGCGACGCCUCCGUGGUGUAUGUCAGCAUGUUGGUCUCACGACGGUGACCGGAUUUACGCUGGUAGAAGAAAUGCUACAGUUGACGAGUACGACCUUCGCUACACACUGCGUGCGUCGAAGACUUUGAAAUUGCCCAAAAUUUCGGGCCCUGUCUCAGCCGUACAAGCGCUCCCAAACGGUAAGCAUAUCCUUUGCGCAUCACAGGAUAAUAUCCGAAUAUAUGAUGUCACUUCUAGCACAUCAACUCCUUUCCUGAUCGUUCCUGGCCACCAUGGAGGCACUAUUUCCAAUAUGUAUGUUGACCCAACCUGCAGGUUCUUAAUUAGUACUAGCGGGAAUAGAGGCUGGCAAGGAACCUCCACAGAUACUACGCUAAUAUAUGAUAUCGACCUUGAAUAA